AUGGAACUUUCUUUAGAGAAACGAUAUGAAAUUGUCUUUUUACGUGAGCACUCAGCUGGUCCAAAAUUUAGUUUUGGAUUUAUUGCUAAGCAGGUACGUUGUAGUAAGUCUACAGUUAUUUAUUGGGUUAAAAAAUAUCAUGAAAAUCGGGACCUAAGUAUUUCAGAAAGACCGGGAUGGCCUUAUGUAAUAUCUGCGAAACAAGAUGACAAAAUUGUAAAGAUGGCAAAGAAAGAACAUAAUAUAACAUCCAUUCAAAUACAAGAAAAAAUGAAAGAAAGAGAUGUUGGGAUUAGUGUAAAAACAGUAAGGCGACGUCUUCGUAAGUCUGGAGGAAAGUUUAGUAAUGAAAUUUCUAAACCUUUGCUUAAAGAAGACCAUUGA